AAGGAUCCUAGAUAAAAAUGCUUAUAUGUUAUCGAACCCUCCACUUGUGCACUCGGAUAUUUUCCUUUGGGAAUACAUUUGUACUGGUAUACUGAAGAUAACUGAAGAGGUAUAGAAUUAAAAACAGAAAUAAAAUGAUCGAUUGUAUAUCUAUUAGAUAUUCCGUGUGGUCAGGAAGAACGAGUUUGGAAAGAUUAUUGAUCAUAACAUCGUUGGUUAUGUUUAUAUUGAGUAUAAGCCUUAUUAUAUCUCUAGCAGUUAUAGAUAAAAAGCUUUCAGAUGCGAAAACUUCACCAACACCUGAAGAUGAAACUACUGUUAGUCUGGACUAUACUACUUCAAGCCCAGAAUCUAAUAAUUAUAGCACUGCUGAAAAUCCCAAUAAUGGCACUUCUGAAAAUCCCAAUAAUGGCACUUCUGAAAAUACCAAUAACGGCACUUCUGAAAAUCCCAAUAACGGCACUUCUGAAAAUCCCAAUAACGGCACUUCUGAAAAUCCCAAUAACCAAUAACGGCACUUCUGAAAAUCCCAAUAACGGCACUUCUGAAAAUCCCAAUAACGGCACUUCUGAAAAUCCCAAUAAUGGCAAUUCUGAAAAUCUCAACAGUAGCACUGAAAAAAUUAUAACUAACGAAAGCACGGGAUAUGAAGACCCUAACAGAACUAAAAACUUAGAAACACUAUAGCAAUACACCAAAUGCAGUACCUAAACAUAAAACAAUUGCUGUAAAUUCUAAUUCUUAAAAUAUCGUAAAGUCAAAAUUCCGAUGACGAUACCGUAAACCGAAAAUUUCGAAGAAUACCUUAAACUCAAAAUCUAGAAGUAAUUUACUUCCAUUAGUUAGUAGUCAAAACUUACAUUAUUUUAACCCAGAUUUUGAAAUUUACAGUUUGGCCAUGAAUUCAAAAAUGUGAAAUUAUUAGCCUCUCCUCAAGUCAAAACAACAGACAUUAAUAAUAAUUUUCAGAAUCUGAAACUCGAAAGAAAAAUUAGAUUUAAAGAGAAAUAACACAGCAAAUUAUUCAUGUAAAGCAUGUCACAAUAUUAAUUAAUUAUCUUUAAAUUAACUUAACUUGAAAACAUAUUCUGUUUUACAAACGUUCGAUUUAUAUUAUUUCCUGUAAAUACUAAGGGUGUGUAAACUAGAAUCUGGAAUAUGAAAGUUAAUUUAUUUUGAAAGUUAUGGGGUUACAAAAUAAAACAUAUUUAGUUAGUCUAUUAGUUUAACGAAAUCGUAUAUGUCUGUACUCCAUAGUCUGUUGUCCUUCGAAUCUUUUCACACGUUUCAAAAAAUUCUGGAAAUCCUCAAUCGUAAAAUGGUGGCGCUUGUUCUGAAUUCAUUUGCAAGGCUCUGCAGUGGAAUUGGCCUCCUAUACUCUCCGUCAUACACACUCUACUUUAAGUGACAUCAAAUUUGUUUAAUUCGUGUCAGUUGGGGUACAUUAUGUGCAUUAUUUUCCUAUGUCAUGUUAAAGUCAAAGUCAAAGUCAAAGUCAAAGGCAUUAGUGGAAUGUCACCGUAUUUGACAAAAUCACGUAAAACACUGGUCUCUUCUUGAUAUACUCCAUACCCAUACCGAUACUUCCGUGUUGCUGCUAAGUUUAAAUAAUGCGAUGAAGGUCCGUCAUUGCCCGCGCGGACUUAUAGAUACCCAAGCCUAAACCUUUGUCAGGAGCUUUGCAUAACAUUUAAACUUCAUAUUUGGCAUAACGUCUUUUCCAGCGGCGCAUGCAGGGGACACAAUGUUUUUUAAAAAAGUCUUUCCGUCCUGUUGACAUUAAGAGGGCCUCUUUUAGCAUGCUCAUUAUAAGUAGUGAGGGGCCAACAUAUCCGGAUGGACCACCCUCGAAAAAUUCUUGUGGAUUUUUCGACUCAUUCGAAUUCUAUCACGGUAUUCUCAGAGCGGUAGGCUGCAACCUUGAUCAGCGCUCUCACAAGACGGCACUGGUUGCAAUCAGGCUAACUUAGCUUUGAAAACAAAAAUGUUUCUUGUUUUCACGACCAAGUUUUGGUCAACAUACGACGAGUUUGCAUGGAAAAUGAACAAAUAUCGUUCAUUAGUUUCUUUUAUAUUUGCAGAAUAGGCUAGAAGUGAUAAAUUUUUUGAUGUUUGUUGAUAAUGGAAUAUGAAACUCCCUUGGGGAUUAGGAGAAGAGCAACCGAGACGAAAAGGAAGGCACGUGCCAAAAGUGCCCCAAUGUACGAGCGCACCGGGUCCUUCCCUUUUCCACUGUAAAACCUUUAUUUCAGUGCCAUCCAGUCAAAAAAAAAAAGACUCGUCGUCCUAGUGUGUCCAGUCUCGAAUUAUAUGAAUAACAACACGAACG